AUGACGGCCGUAUCGCCCUUUGCACGCAGCAGCGUCUUCGACGAGCCACGCCUUGGUGGCCGCGAGCAGACCAUCGAGGAGAUGUAUAGCGUUCCGGAAAGCUUUCUGGAGAUCGAGGUGCGCAAUCCGCAGACGCACGGAUUCGGGCGCAAAAUGUUUACAGACUACGAGAUCGUGUGCAAGACGAACAUCCCCGCAUUCAAGCUGCGCCACUCCCUCGUGCGCCGGCGCUACUCCGACUUUGAGGCCUUCCGCGACAUCCUCGAGCACGAGUCCACGCGCGUGAACAUCCCCCCGCUCCCGGGCAAGGUCUUCACGAACCGCUUCUCGGACGAGGUCAUCGAGGCGCGCCGCGAGGGCCUCGAGCGCUUCCUCACCGUCGUCGCCGGCCACCCCCUCCUCCAGACGGGCAGCAAGGUUCUGUGUGCGUUCCUGCAGGACCCGGCGUGGGAUAAGAGCCAGUGGGCUUAG